CCAGAACGGGAAAGGGGCCCCGGUCUUUCCCUUCAUUUCAUCGGAACGCUGUCGGACAUUGUUGUUGUCAUGAAACAGAAUCAUAGUGUAUGUUUUCUCCAAAGAAUAACGAGCCGGCGAAUAUCGUUGGAAUUCAAUCCGUAUUGUCUCUAAAUCGACUACCGAGAUAUGUCUGUGAAACGGGUGAUAUAUGUAAUGAAUGGGGAAGUGUCGAGGCGUUACUUUACUUUAACAAGUUAACCGUAAUCUGGUUACGGGGUUGACUGAGGUAAGGACAGUGGUUGAGGUGUUUUGUUAGGUGCCUGAAUAUAUAUGUAGAUUUUUUUUUUCUCUCUUUUAUAACAGUCAGCUUGAUCGUAAGGUGAUCAGAUGGACACGGACAUGUUGGGGAAUAACGAUUUGUACAAGUAGGACCUAAUAUUUGUUUUCAAUGUGGAAUUCUAUUUUUGCUUGUUGAGUAUUCAGAUAACCUAUUUGAUCGUAUUUAGGCGAACAUAUUAGGUCAUCAAAAUAUAUUCCAACAACAAUUGGACUAUAAUUAGAAUAGAUAUAUUUUUCAGAAAAUAACCUAAUAUUCUCGAAACAAUCAUGUCAGACUAUACACAGAGGUCUCUGCCUUUUUGUCAGCGGCUGAGUUACGCUGUGGGACACUUUCUGAACGAUCUGUGUGCGUCUAUGUGGUUCACCUACCUGUUGGUGUACUACCACUCCGUGCUGGGCUUUCAGAACACCUAUGCAGGUGUGUUACUGCUGGUGGGGCAGAUAGCGGACGGGGUCUGCACACCCCUUAUCGGCUACGAGUCGGACCGGACGCCGGGGUGUGGGACAUACGGCAAGAGGAAGACAUGGCAUUUAGUGGGUACGGUCAGUGUGCUGACGUCCUUUGCGUUCAUCUUUAAUCAGUGUCUGGGGUGUGACCAGUACACCUCUCAGUGGGUCAGCCUGACGUACUUCAUCCCAUUCAUCAUCAUCUUCCAAUUCGGCUGGGCUGCCACGCAGAUCUCACACCUGUCACUCAUCCCCGAGCUGGUGUCCUGCGAACACGCCAAGGUGGAGCUCACUGCUUACAGGUAUGCGUUUACAGUGAUGGCCAAUAUAACAGUGUACGCUGUAGCAUAUCUGCUGUUCCACUUCCAGACCGGAUCAGACGAGGACCCCUCUCUCACCGAGACCCUGGGGCCCAUAGAUGUCCCUAUAUUCAGGAACCUGAGCCUCAUUGUGCUGGGUAUCGGUGCUCUUUUCUCUGUCCUCUUUCACCUGGGCACACGGGAAGAGAAGGGGGGAGCAGGGGAAGAGAAGAGAGAAGAGGAGGAUGAUGAAGAAGAAGAGAAAGGAGAGCGCCGGCCCCUUAUCCCUCGCCCUCAGGCUGCCGCCCCCGUCCAGUCGCUGCUGAGGUGGAAAUGCUGGCUGAAACAGCCUGCCUUUUACCAGGUAGCGUUUCUCUACAUGUCCACCAGGCUGAUAGUGAACGUGUCUCAGACGUACAUCUCCAUGUAUCUUACCAACACUCUCAUGUUGCCAAAGAAAUACAUUGCCACUAUUCCCCUGGUGAUGUACGUCAGUGGCUUCGCUUCCUCUUUCAUCAUGAAGCCUAUCAGCAAACUCAUCGGCAAAUGUAUGACCUACUUUGUGGGCCUGCUGCUGAUCAUGGCCUUCUCUUAUUGGGUGUUGAUAGACGACCAGAUGGGUGACCGGAUCUACGGGGCGUCCGUCCUUCUAGGGGUGGGGUCAGCUACCAUCCUGGUGAUGUCACUCUCCAUGACCGCUGACCUCAUCGGGGACCAGACGCAAAGUGGAGCGUUUGUUUAUGGGGCCAUGAGCUUCACUGACAAGGUGGCCAACGGAGUAGCUGUUAUGAUGAUACAGACUCUACACCCCUGCCAUUCUCAGGUCUGCUGUCCAGCGUGUGUGUGGUACUACCACUAUGUCAUGGUCAUAGCAACAGGGGGCGUGGCCGUUAUAGCAGCUCUCAGUCUCUGUACCAUCCUUGUCUGGCCUAUCAGGAUCGUCCGCCACUCUGGCAAGAAGAACAUAGACAACCCUAACUACACUCAGGAAGCGGGGCAGGGUGAUUGUGCCAGUGUUCGGGGUUAGGGCUGGUCUGCCUUACAUCUCAGGUCUGAUGGGCAGCGAGGAUCAGGACAACUCUGAGGACAACUCUUACCAGCCUAGACCAACGGUCAACUAAGGAACUACGGUGGGCAGAGGUUGACAGAGUUACCUGGACCCUACUGUAGUAGAGACCAGCCAGUCCCACUUAUCCCUGGGUGAAUAACCACUGCAGAACCCAGCCUGUCUCUUCAGGGAUUAUAGUUUAGCUCUGUGGCCUCUCCAGGACUCACUCAGGCAUCUUAAAACUCUCAACUGGAACAACAAACAUUUUUAGACUGAAAAGUCAUCUCACCGUAGUGUUCACAAACAGCCAACUGGACUAGCAGUAUUCUUCUGAACUUUCCUUCUGGACCUGACCAGUAGCUGUUCUGUACUGUAGGGGAGUUGGGUUGAACAAGCAGCCAUCAGGACCCAUUUCUACUAUAGAUCAAUACGUUGCUUUGCUGUCGCAGAGUAUCGGUCAAUUCAGUGUACAGCAUUACUGUCAACAUAACAAUCAACAUGAGGGAGGUUAUACACUAACACAGUCCAUUGUGUCUCUCUCUCUCUCUCUCUCUCUCUCUCUCUCUCUCUCUCUCUCUCUCAAUCAACACCUUCUCACAGUCAUACUGCAGUUGAUUCAGUGGGUUGAUUCAGUGGAGUUGAUUCAGUGGGCAGGAUUCAGUUGGCAGAUUCAGUUGGUUGAUUAAAUUAUGUUGAUUCAGUUGGUUGAUUCAGUUGGCAGGAUUCAGUUGGCAGGAUUCAGUUGGCAGGAUUCAGUUGGCAGGAUUCAGUUGGCAGGAUUCAGUUGGCAGGAAUCAGUUGGCAGGAAUCAGUUGGCAGGAUUCAGUUGGCAGGAUUCAGUUGGCAGGAUUCAGUUGGCAGGAUUCAGUUGGCAGGAUUCAGUUGGCAGGAUUCAGUUGGCAGGAAUCAGUUGGCAGGAAUCAGUUGGCAGGAAUCAGUUGGCAGGAUUCAGUUGGCAGGAUUCAGUUGGCAGGAAUCAGUUGGCUGGAAUCAGUUGGCAGGAAUCAGUUGGUUGAUUCAGUUGGUUGAUUCAGUUGGUUGAUUCAGUUGGCUGAUUCAGUUGGUUGAUUAAAUUAUGUUGAUUCAGUUGGCAGGAUUCAGUUGGCAGGAAUCAGUUGGCAGGAUUCAGUUGGUUGAUUCAGUUGGUUGAUUAAAUUAUGUUGAUUCAGUUGGCAGGAUUCAGUUGGCUGAUUCAGUUCAACAGUGCCUAUAUGAUUGAGUACAUAUCUACAUUGACACACACGGGUCCAGAAUAUGUACAUACCCCUCUUGAGAAAAGUCUGAUAAUACACUAUUAUACCAUCUGUUGUGAAUGUCCAAGAAAAAUACAUUAUGCUGAUUACAGCCCGCUGGGCUUACACUGGUUGAAUCAGCGUUGUUUCAAUUAAAUGACUUUGACCCAACAUGGAACAGACGUUGAAUGGCCGUCUGCCCAGUGGGAGGUGACUUGUCAUCAGAACAGCUGUUGUUUGGAGGUAAGUUGUCUUCCCAGUGGGAGGUGACUUGUCAUCAGAACAGCUGUUGUUUGGAGGUAAGUUGUCUUCCCAGUGGGAGGUGACUUGUCAUCAGAACAGCUGUUGUUUGGAGGUAAGUUGUCUUCCCAGUGGGAGGUGACUUGUCAUCAGAACAGCUGUUGUUUGGAGGUAAGUUGUCUUCCCAGUGGGAGGUGACUUGUCAUCAGAACAGCUGUUGUUUGGAGGUAAGUUGUCUUCCCAGUGGGAGGUGACUUGUCAUCAGAACAGCUGUUGUUUGGAGGUAAGUUGUCUUCCCAGUGGGAGGUGACUUGUCAUCAGAACAGCUGUUGUUUGGAGGUAAGUUGUCUUCCCAGUGGGAGGUGACUUGUCAUCAGAACAGCUGUUGUUUGGAGGUAAGUUGUCUUCCCAGUGGGAGGUGACUUGUCAUCAGAACAGCUGUUGUUUGGAGGUAAGUUGUCUUCCCAGUGGGAGGUGACUUGUCAUCAGAACAGCUGUUGUUUGGAGGUAAGUUGUCUUUGUCGAUGUAACUAUUGUGCAUUUAAUUCCAGUGUUGGGAACAUUUAGUUCCAGUGUGGUAGUCAUUGAGUGUUGUAGUAAUAAUAUGUUGUGUUGCUUUAAACUACAUCGUGUUGUGUGUUUUUGAUUACAUCUUCUAAUGUAAAGUGCAUUGCAAGUAAAAUAAGGAUUUGUGGGGGCAUUUAUUAAAUUAAAACGAAUCAGGAUUGUGAAAAGGGAUACCUUGCAAUAUGGAAUAAAUACUGAGCAACAAUAUAAACGCAACCAUUUUACUGAGUUUCUGGUCAUAUGACUUCGCUAGGGCCUAAUCUAUGGAUUUCACAUGACUGCGUAGGGGCACAGCUGUGGGUGGUCCUUGGCGAAGGAGAAAUGCUCACUAACGGAUGUAAAACACAUUGUGCUCAAAAUUCUUCAGCUCAUGAAACAUGGGACCGACUCUUUACAUGUUGUGGUUAUAUUUUUGUUCUGUAUAUAUGAAUAGUAUAAUAUCAUUCCUGGGUGAUAUUCAGGUUACUGGACAGACAGAGGUGAUUCUAUGUCUCAGACAAUAGAACUAGAAUCAUUAGAGGAGAAUCAUUCUAAUUCUACAGGGGAAACAUUUUGCACAGGGUGACUAGGAAACGGCCUUAUGGGAAAACAUUUUAUCUCUUUAAAAAUUGUUUUGUAUUCAUUGCUUUUUAUUUCCAAUAUAUUGUGAAGUCAUUUUUUUUUUCUUCUUACUGUUCAUGUCUCUGUUUUUUUGCUCAUUCUUUGGGAAGUAUAUUAAACAUAUUUCAUACUACUGUCA